GUUUUUUUUUAUGCAGGCAAUAGGUUGGCAGGCUUUGCACAUUUAUUCAUAAUUAAGUUAUUGUUUUUAUGUGAAACGAAUCAACUGCACCAGUGCAAACGAGUUGCUAACCAAAUAAUACGUGUUCGCGUAUUUGCAUUACGAAAAUAAAACACGAAACAGUAGCUGCUUGAAGGCACAGAAAAGCGCUUAAAUGUCACAACACAAUAAAAAGGACACAGGCAGCCAUGCGAAUAGCACACGCCAGCGCAAACAGGACGACAGCAACAGCAACAAAUGCCAAAAGAAACAGCAGACGCCCAAUGGUAGCGCCAAGGGCAACAGCAACAGCAGCAACACCUCACUUACAGUUAGUAACAGCAGCAGCGGCAGCAGCAGAAGCAGCAGCAGCAGCGCUGCCAAAAUGCAAACGCUCGCAGCGACACACACGAAGCCCAACAGCGGCGGCGGCAGCAGCAGCAGCAGCAGCAGCAGCAGCAUCAACAAAACGCAGCUAAGCAAAAAGGAUAAACAGCAAAAAGACAAAGAACGCAUGGAACGCGCACAGCUGGUGCUCUGGCGUCAUCCAAUGCAGACGUCCAAAUACUGUGCAUUCGAGCUGAUUGCACUGCUGCGCACCUGGAGCAGCAGAUUACUGAAGCAACGCGGCCUGUUGGCCGUUUUAAUAGUAUUAGGCAUUGUAUUUAGCAUAAUUUACAAACUAGAUGGCCCACAUCAGCUGCUCAUUGAGCUGGUGCGUCGCAAUACCUGGUUCUUUGUCUACUGGCUCGGCUUGGGCGUUCUCUCAUCGGUGGGCCUGGGCACUGGCCUGCACACAUUUCUGCUCUAUCUGGGCCCCCACAUAGCCAGCGUCACAUUGGCCGCCUACGAGUGCAAUUCACUCGAUUUUCCCCAGCCGCCCUAUCCCGACGACAUCAUUUGUCCGGAGGAGCCGUAUAUGAAGCGCAUGCCCAAUAUUUGGUCCAUCAUGUCUAAGGUGCGCCUGGAGGCGUUCCUUUGGGGCGCUGGCACUGCGUUGGGCGAAUUGCCGCCAUAUUUUAUGGCCAAGGCUGCACGCCUGUCUGGCUAUGAUCCGGACGAUGCCGAGGAGCUGGCCGACUUUGAGGCGCUCAAUGCCAAGCGUCAUCAGAAGAACCUCAGUCUCAUGGACAAGGGCAAGCUGUUCAUGGAGCGUGUCGUGGAGCGUGUUGGCUUCUUUGGCAUACUGGCCUGUGCAAGCAUACCCAAUCCGCUGUUCGAUUUGGCCGGCAUCACUUGCGGCCAUUUUCUGGUGCCAUUCUGGACAUUCUUUGGCGCCACACUGAUCGGCAAGGCCAUCAUCAAGAUGCACAUACAGAAGAUAUUUGUGAUUAUCGCAUUCAAUGAGACGCUCAUCGAGCGGGCCGUCGAUCUAAUUGCCACGAUGCCAAUAUUUGGUCGCAAGCUCCAACAGCCGUUCAAGGCAUUCCUCGAGAACCAGAAGCAGCGACUGCAUCGACAGCAGCGCGGACGCAACGCUAACGCCGCCGGCGCUGGUGAUUCCGGUAAUCUGCUAUCAAAAAUCUUUGAGACCUUUGUCAUUGGCAUGGUUUGCUAUUUUGUGGUGUCGAUUGUCAACUCCCUGGCCCAGAGCUAUCACAAGCGGCUGCACAAGAAGCCGCGCCACGUGCCGCCGGCUGCCACGCCCAGCGCCAGCAUUAAGAAACAUAACAAGCCAAAGGCGCUGCGUGAUUAGGCGCCUGCCCACAAAUCCAACGGCUGUUGUCUCACCUAUGCUAAAUUCCUUGUUAAUAGUUUUUUUUUCCCCACUGCUUCUAUUUUUGUUUUUUUUUUUUGGUCGACAGUCGUCGGAUUUUUAUUAUAUCUUUUUUUUUUUGUUUUUGUUAGUCAAAUUCCAGCGGCAUUUUCAGAGUUUCACUUGUGCUACAAAAAAAAAAAAAAAUAUGUUAUAUCAUAUUUCCUUUGUUCUGGCAACUGGAGGCCAAGUGGAAUUCCAAAAUGGAACCGAAAAAAAAUUUUAAAUGAUAUUUUGUGCAAGUAUUUCGAAUGUAUGUGCUAGCACGUGAAGGAGUGAAAGAGAUGGCAGUGGCUGCUCACUUGAAAUGACCGUAGUAGAGAUACCCUAGAAUAGACUAGUUAAAAAAGAAAGAAAAACAAACGCAAAUUAAAGCAAAGCAAACACAACUGAAAAGGCAACCAAUAAUAAGCAUGUCGCAUGUUAAUAAUAAAAAACUGGUCAGUUGCCUUUUU